AUGUCAGACAAGAAGCGCAAGUCAUCGGACCAAGGAGGACCUAAUCCGAAAAGACCAGCUCUACAGGGCACGGUUUCCGUCAAGCACCUCUCCAGCAACAGUAUUGCAAAGCCAGCAAUUGUAACAUCUCCUGGGACAGUCUUGGCUGCCAACACCACUUUUCAAGCACACGCGACCAGGUCCAAAGAUCCGGAAUUGCUCUUGUACUCUUCCGACCAUGACACAAUCGACUUCACCGCCCGAGAGACACGCACUACCACCACUUCAGAAGCACACACGAAGCACUACGUUGCAAUAUUCGACCCUGCCACGAAACAACUCACGGUCACAGAGGCCAAAAAGCUAGCGGCACGCUCAACGGUGCGACAGGUAGAGCAGGACAAAGCGGACUCGGACAGCGAGAAUGAACAUCCAACGCCCUCCCAAAGAGCAUCUCGCGCCGCGCUCGUCGAAGCAUUUGGUACCAAGAAGUCCCGCAAGGCUUUGCAAGGCGCUGCUGAGAAUCGCCUUCUGGCUCGAGGCAGCGGCAACGACAGUCUCUCCGAGGCCAUUCGCUCAAGUGUGAAACAGGAGGAUGUUCUCGCCGACCCGGAUUUCGGCGCUUCACAGGAGGCCGCUGCACAAUCGAACAAACCUCUUCCACCAGCCAACCUCACCACCACAGACAUUCGUGAAGUCUAUGCUAUCAGCAGACUGGUCCGGCCCAGAGGUCAAGCAACACUCGACGACAUAUCCGUCGCCAAGUGGGAAUCCUAUGCCUCGCGUACGCCGCCAAAGCCGAUUGUUUCAGCGUUUCACUUCGUCGCCAACCGCGCGGGACCUCUCCUACAACGACAAGCACAACUUCUCGAAACGGGCGAGUCUCCGAACCGCUUUCUCCCGCUUGUCAAGACGCAUAUUCGUCUCCUUCGAUACAUCGAGUUUCUUCUCUAUCUUCACAAAUUCCUCGCAGCCGCCAAACCUCGACGACAACUUGACCGCCUUGAUCGAGACGCUGCAAAUAUCCAGGACAUGUGCGCCAUACUUCCCUUUGCAUCUCUGCUCAAUCACUUUUCACACUUCUUUCCCGACAAUAUGCCUACGGCACCAGCGAUGACGUUGUUGAGAUCAACGAUUCUGGCCUUUACGCUACACAUUCCUCCAGCAGGCCGUGUACCAGAUACACAAGUCCUCGUGACCGAGCCGACCGACAUCGCUCGCGACCUGGGCAAGGACAUUGAUGAGAUGCUGAAGCUGUAUCGAGAAUUGGGGUGCCAGAACAAGCCGCUGAGUGACACGGAAAUCGCGAUGUGGGGCUUAGAGAGGUUGAGAAAGGGGGACAGUAAGGUCGCCACCAAGGUCAAGUUCGCGAAGCUAAAAUUCCCAAUCGAGUUUGUCAAGGUCAGUCAGGGAGCAAGGGCGAGGGGCCGACGAUGA